CAAAUGUCAUAUUCUUAUCCGAUGUCAGAGUCAGUUGUCAUUGCGUUGCGAUUGUGAUUUAGGUUAUUGGUGGUCAACUUUUGGUUCUGUGCUGUGAUUUCGUCCUUUCUACUCUGUUUUGGUUGGGGAAAACCACUAAAACUGAAGAAAUGAUUCACUACCCUUGAAAAAUUGAUUAUUCGUAGGAUUAGAGGGAAUAAGAAAAUCAUGGCAACAAUACAUUUAAGUCAAGACGCUGCAGCUUUGCUUCUGGAUUUCAAUAAAAAAUUGGACAUAAAUCUUUUGGAUAAUGUUGUUGCUGGUAUGUAUACGGGAAAUAAAGAAACUCAGAAAGUUGCACACCAAGCUCUAACCAAGCUUAAAGAGCAUCCAGAGGCAUGGACCAGAGUUGACGGUAUGCUAGAAUUUUCCAAUAGCCCGCACACUAAAUAUUUUGCUUUACAAAUUUUGGAGGAAGUUAUUAAAACACGUUGGAAAUGUUUAGAAAGACAACAACGUGAAGGCAUUAAGAAAUACAUUGUACAAUUGAUUAUUAAAACCAGCGGAGAUCAGGAAAGUCUUGAAAGGAGUAGGACUUUUCUUAACAAGUUAAAUGUUAUUUUAGUUCAAGUGUUGAAACGUGAAUGGCCAAGAAAUUGGGGAAGUUUCAUACCUGAAAUUUUGGGAGCAAGCAGAGCAAAUGAUAGUCUAUGUGAAAACAACAUGAUAAUUUUGAAACUUCUCAGCGAAGAGUUAUUCGACUUUUCUUCUGGCAAUAUAACACAAACUAAAGCAAAAUAUCUCAAGGAUACCAUGUGCUCAGAAUUUUCUGCAAUAUUUCAUUCAUGCCAAUUUGUGUUGGAGAGUUCUCAAAAUCCUUCACUUAUAAUUGCAACAUUGGAAACAUUAUUGAAAUUUUUAAAUUGGAUUCCCCUGGGAUACAUUUUCGAAACAAAGCUGAUAACCACUCUGAUUUUUAAGUUUCUCACGGUUCCAUUGUUCAGGAAUGUAACUUUGAAAUGCCUCACAGAAAUUGCUGGAGUGAAAAUUACAAACAAUUAUGAUGAUACGUUUACAACUUUAUUCAUCCAAACUAUGACUCAAUUAGAGAAGAUUCUUCCUUUAUCAACAGAUAUAAAAACAGCAUAUGCAAAAGGUCUAGAUGAAGAACAAAAUUUUAUUCAGAAUCUAGCCAUAUUUUUGUGUACUUUUCUAAAAGAACAUAAGCAAGUAGCUGAAUGUCAAAAAUCCCCAUUUAAAGAUGCUUUAGGAUAUCUAGUACUAAUGUCUGAAGUUGAGGAAGUUGAAAUUUUCAAAAUUUGCUUAGAAUAUUGGAGUAACUUGGCAUCGCAACUUUAUCGUGAUAUUGAAUUGCAACACGUAGGUGUACCAGCUCCUCCCCUCUCAUCUCUUACUCAAACUUAUCAAGAGGUUUUAAAUAAAGUUCGAUUCAUCAUGAUCUCAAGAAUGGCUAAGCCUGAAGAAGUCUUGGUUGUAGAGAAUGACAAUGGAGAAGUAGUUAGGGAAUUUAUGCAAGAUACUGAUGCAAUUAAUUUGUAUAAAAAUAUGAGAGAAACUCUUGUUUAUCUUACCCAUUUGGAUUAUACUAACACUGAGAGAGUCAUGACUUCAAAAUUGAAGAAUCAAGUCGAUGGAUCUGAAUGGUCGUGGAAAAAUCUAAACACUCUGUGCUGGGCUAUUGGUAGCAUAUCAGGUGCAAUGCACAAGGAAGAUGAAAACAGGUUUCUGAUAACAGUUAUGAAGGAUUUACUUUCGUUGUGUGAACAUAAAAGCGGCAAAGAUAAUAAAGCUAUAAUUGCUUCGAAUAUAAUGUACGUCGUUGGUCAAUAUCCCAGAUUUCUAAGAGCAAAUUGGAAAUUUCUAAAGACAGUUGUGAACAAGUUGUUUGAGUUUAUGCAUGAAACACAUGAUGGAGUCCAAGAUAUGGCAUGUGAUACCUUCAUCAAGAUUGCAAUGAAGUGUAGACAACAUUUUGUUGUUACCCAGAUUAGUGAAACUGCUCCGUUUAUUGAAGAAAUUCUGCCUAACAUGCGCAUCAUAAUUAGUGAUCUGCAACCCCAACAAUUGCACACAUUCUAUGAAGCUGUGGGAUACAUUAUUUCUGCCGAAGUUGAUCAACCAAGGAAAAAAGCUUUGAUUGACAAAUAUAUGCUAUUACCCAACCAGGUGUGGGAUGAAAUUAUCAAAAAAGUAAAGAAAAAUUUUGAUUGUCUAAAAGAAAUUGAAGUAAUAAAGCUAGUUGCCGUCAUUAUGAAGACAAAUGUUAGGGCUUGUAAAGCCUUAAAUCAUGCCUACGUUUAUCAGCUUGGCAAGGUGUAUGUAGAUAUGUUGAGUGUAUAUAAGAUUGUAUCUGAAAAUAUAACCGCAGCUAUGUCUCUUAAUGGGGAAGAGGUCGCUCAACUACCCCUGAUCAAAACGAUGAGAGUAGUAAAAAAAGAAAUUCUCAAGUUAAUUGCCGAUUGGAUUUCUAGAUCAAAUGAUGACAAAAUUGUUUUGGAAAACUUUGUUCCACCAUUCAUGAGUGCCGUCUUAUUGGACUAUCAGCGAACCACCGUGCCUAGUGCGAGAGAACCCGAAGUUCUUAGCGCCAUGGCUACUAUGGUUAAUAAAUUGAAAGGAAAUAUUAAUUUGGAGGUACCUAAAAUUUUGGAUGCUGUCUUUGAGUGUACACUAGAGAUGAUAAGCAAAAACUUUGAAGAGUUUCCAGAGCACAGGGCUAAUUUCUUUUUGGUUCUACAAGCGAUCAAUUGUCACUGUUUCCUGGCCUUUCUGAAUAUUUCCCCCACCCAAUUCAAGCUUGUUUUGGAUAGUAUAAUCUGGGCGUUCAAGCAUACGAUGAGGAACGUGGCAGAGCUAGGCUUGCAGAUCCUCCUGAAAAUGUUACAAAAUAUGGAAUUACACGAAACGGCCGCUCUCAUCUUUUAUCAAACGUAUUUGACAGAUAUUUUGCGGAACGUUCUGGAAGUGACCACAGAUUCAUCACAUUCUGCCCGCUUGGGAACGCACGCUACAAUAUUGGCGUACAUUUUUUCUCUGGUUGAAAGUGGUCGUGUGAAUUGCCAACUUGGACCAACCCCUGAUAACAUCCUUUUUAUAAAAGAAUAUACUGCUUCUCUAUUAAAAUCAGCCUUUCCACGGCAUUUGUCCGAUAACCAAGUUAAAGUGAUUGUCCAAGGAAUGUUCAGUUUAAAUCAAGAUUUAGUGGCGUUUAAGGAGCAUCUGAGGGAUUUCUUGGUGCAAAUUAGGGAAUAUAUCGGAGAGGACGACUCAGACUUAUUCCUAGAGGAGCGCGAGAUAGCCCUACGGUCCGUAGAAGCCGAAAAACGUCGCGUUCAGCUUUCAGUUCCCGGUAUCGUAAAUCCACAUGAGAUGCCAGAAGAUAUGCAGGAAUAACCUAUAACGCUAAUUAUUACCAAAAGAAACUUGUAUUAUAGAUGAAUGAGUUACCAAAACUUUGAUCUGUGUUGAAUGGGUAAUAAUAUAUACAGUGUUCCACAAGUAAGGAGACGAUCAAUUAUCGUACGUGAUAUAUUAAAAAGUUAACGAGAAUCAUCCCCGAAGAUUUGUUGCCCUAGAAAAUGCUUGAGGGUUUGCCGAAACACGAUCUUUAGGGCAACAAAUCUGAAAUAAUGAAUUUAUGAUUAUCCUACUCCGAACUGUAUUUAGCUAUAAUAACCUAAGCGUCGAUUUUAAUUAAGUCUUUACCGUCGGUAAUACAUUAUUUUUUCAACAUCUACAAACUGAAUGUUUUUGUAAUAAUAAAAUAUGUAUGUAUUAUUAAAUUUG